AUGUCGGCUCUGCAGACCUUCAUGCUGGUCGUGGACCACGACAAAGAAGAGGCCAAGCGCAUUGCCGAGGGAAUCGCGCAAGAUGUUGAGAGCAGAAAGGUGACAUUGAUUGAUACUGUCCAAUCUCUCGGCGAAUACAUCAACGACGAAGAUCCAAUCCUGCGCGGAAAAGCGGUUUCCUACCUCACAGCUGUUAUCCAAGCUCUUUCGCCGAAGUACCUCACGAGACAACAAAUUCAAGUCCUCACUACGUUCUUCUGCGAUAGAAUUGAGGAUGGAGGGGCUGUUGCUGGGCUGCGGACUCUACAGGGUCUGGACCGUUUCAACAAAUUUCUGGCUACCGAAGUAGCACAAGCACUUUUCUCCAACUUCCAGGAUCUUCAAUCUCGGUCCCAAACGCAGAGGUUCCACGUCUAUCAAUUGCUCAAUGACUUGAUGUCAAACCACCGUGCAGCUAUGCGUGAUAUGGGAGAUAUCUCGUUGCUUGGUGUUGUUGAUCUCAUGACCGGAGAGAAAGACCCGAGGAACUUGAUGAUUGUUUUCUCUAUUCUGAAAGUGGUAAUGGUGGAAUGGGACAUCUCGAACCACGUUGAGACUCUCUUCGACUCGGUGUACAAUUAUUUCCCAAUCACAUUCCGACCCCCGCCAAAUGAUCCAUAUGGAAUCACUGCACAGGAUCUGAAGGGCCGUCUUCAAGAUUGUAUUUCCUCGACAAGGCAUUUUGCUCCUCACGCAAUCCCGGCAUUAUUGGAAAAGCUUGAUUCCACUUCUCCCAAUGUGAAGAAAGAUGCACUCAAUACAUUGAUUGCGUGCAUUCAGUCGUAUGAUCCCGACACAGUAUCCAAGUUUUCCGUUACCGUCUGGGGAGUCCUCAAGUUUGAGAUCCUUAAUGCCCAAGAGGAGUUCCUCUCUCAGAGCUCCCUCGAGGCUUUGCAAUUAAUUGCCAAGCGACUCUCCGAGGGCGUUACCGAAGUGUCACAGGAACUGCCUCUUGCGAAGUAUCUCGAUCCAAUCACGAAGGAGUGUAAUGAGCAACUCCAAGAGCCCCAGCACAAGCAGGCCAAGCCAUGUCAAUCUAUUCUCAACUGCGUGUCAGCCGCUUCUCCUGUUUCCUUUGUCCUAGUUGUACAGAAGGUCGUGGCCCCCAUCUUCACACUUUACCAAGAAGCCGACGGGAUUGUCAAACAGAGAGCUCUUCUCGAGACCCUCAAUGGCUUGUUCGAAGCUGCUACAAACGUCUUUGGACAGUGGACUACCCGGGGAGGCGAAGUCGCACUCGAUAACCCGCUUCUCGAAUUCAAAGACCAAUUCUCAGACGUCUUUGGCCAGGCAUUGAUGGGUGCAGCCAAGGAAGAAGUUUCCUUCCGGGUGACUGCACUAAAAGGCUUCUUGCGCUUGUCGACCCUGCGUGACUUCUUCCAGGAGAACGAGAUUGGACUCUUCGUGCAAUACCUCGACGAAAUCCUUCUCAAGGAAGAAUCCGUGGGUCGGGAUGAUCUCAAAAAAGAAGCAAUUGCUGCUCUUUCUGAGAUUUCCAAGCACAAGCCCCGACUAAUCAUCGACAUCACCUUCCCUGCAUUUGUGGCAACCCUGCCGGAGGAAGCUGAAGAAGGCUCUGAUGAGUCGUAUCUCCCCACACUCGAGACACUUGCGCAGAUCAGCGUGGAGCGGGAUAUUUUCGAGACACUAUUCCGCCGCCUAUUCAGCAAGUUGACUAUUUUGCUACAGAAGCCGCAGCCUGGAUCAGUCGCUUACCCCCGAGCCAUCCUCGUCACAUUGCUCUAUGUGAUGCAGCAGAGGGACAUGGCGCAAGAUCCGAGCGUGGAUCUGUACUUCGACAAGAUCGUGAUUGGACUUUGCCGCAACGUCGCAGCAUCAGCAUCUGGCAAGGCAAACAACCGGAUCCUCAAUGAUCCUACUGUACUUGACACCUUGGGUCGCCUUUGCAACCUCAUUGUGCGGUCUGUUUCGCUUCAGAAGCAGGAAAAAGUUGCCGAAAAUGUCUAUAGCCUCUUUUCCACACCGGAAGAGUUCGCAUCUAUUCCAUUUGCUCAAACCACAACUCCGGACCAAGAGCGCACAAUCAUCAUAUCCACAUACCUUCUUGCCGGAAUAUCCAAAGACUGCAGCAACCGCAUCCCACACACCAACCCCGAAAUGUCAGCCUUGCUAUCGGAUCUAGUGCGCCGUUCCAUCUCAACCACAGAACCAGCAUCCCACCAAGCCUACCUCCGCCAUCUAGCCCUCCUCGUGAACAAAUUCCUCACCAAAGAACACCUCUCAAUCGCCGAGAACCUCUUCACCACUCUCUUCCAAACCCAAGACCCAGCCGGAUCCCUGAACCCCCCAACCAUCCGCACAAUCUUCUGGCUCUCCAAAGCCCUAAUCCUCCGCCUAGCCCCAACAACAACAAACAUCAUAACCACCCUCCUAACCCUCCUCUCCUCCCCCGACCCACAAACAAGCACAACAUCCUCGCAAAGCUUCACCCUCCUCCUCAGCGACGACGACAUAAUCUCCCCGACAAACGGCGCAAACAUCCGCCUCCUAUCCCGCCAACGCCUCUUCACAACAGUCAUCCCCCUGAUCUCCUCCCGCAUCCGCGAAGUAAACAUAGCAGGCACAGACACAACACCCUCCCACAUCAAACCAGCACAUCUCACCGCUCUAGCCGGUAUCCUCUCCACAAUCCCGACGGCCCUAGUCAUGCCCGAACUGCCAACCCUCCUCCCCCUCCUCCUGCAAUCCCUGGAUCUCCAAACUGCAGACUCAGUAGCUGUCCGCACAGCUACUCUCAAUACAUUGGCAGUCAUCAUCCGCGACAACGGUGUCGCUGUCAUUGAUCAAUGCGGUCAUGUCAACUCUCUCGUUACAAGAUUGUUGAAGACUACUGUUACCAACCCAGGUCCUGGUGCUGUCAAUAGUCCACGUCUCCGUGCGGAGGCGUUGAAAUGUCUCAAUCUUCUUGCGACGCACCAGGUCCCUGGUGCUGCGAACAAUGCGCGUGCCCCGCCGGGGGUUUCGCCGCUACUGCCGGUUAAGAAGCAGGUGCUGCUGGCUUUAAGGGCGGUGCUGGAUGAUCCUAAGCGGGAUGUGCGUAAGGCGGCGGUUGAUGCUCGUGGUGCUUGGUUGCGUGGUGUUGAUGAUGCGCCGGAUGAGGAGGAGUGA